AUGAAUUUGUCAGCGCGUUGUGCUUUGGUUCUUUUUCUGUUGGCAUUUGUAGAUUUGAAAAUUGUCUCUGCUGCAGAACCGGGAGGCACAUCUACAGCAAAGCCUGGAGUGUGCCCUGUUAGACGAUGGGGCAUAGGGAUAUGUGCAGAGUUAUGUUUCAAUGACAGUGACUGCCCCAAUGAUGAAAAAUGCUGCCACAAUGGAUGUGUGCAUGACUGCAUUGCACCUAACACAGCAAAGCCUGGAGUGUGCCCUCGUAGACGAUGGGGUUCAGGGACGUGUGCAGAGUUCUGUUCCAAUGACAGUGACUGCCCCAAUGAUGAAAAAUGCUGCCACAAUGGAUGUGGGCAUAACUGCAUUGCACCGUACACAGUGCCGAUCCCCCCGAAGGCAGGUCAGUGCCCGCUGCUUCUGAAUGUCGUGCCGUCACACAAGGGAUGUGUCCGCGAUGAGGACUGUCCUAAAGAUGACAAAUGCUGCAUCUUUGACUCUGACGCCUUGUGUGUCCCACCUGACUUCACAAAGCCUGGAGUGUGCCCUCGUAGACGAUGGGGCGUGGGGAUGUGUGUGGAGUUCUGUUCCAAUGACAGUGACUGCCCCAAUAAUGAAAAAUGCUGCCACAAUGGAUGUGGGCAUAACUGCAUUGCACCGACACAGUGAAGCCCGGUCGCUGUGUCCUGCCCAACGGGACCUACAUGUGUGCCGAGUACUGUUACAAAGAUGGCCAGUGCCCCGAGGAACA